AUGCCUCGGAGCGAGGAUACCAGCCCUACCGAUUUGGCGCAACAGUACAUGGCAAAUGCUACAAGCCAGAGUGUAGAGUUUCAGGACUAUGGCAUGUCCUCUCAUCUCAUGGAACAGAGCGGCACGGGCUCGGGCUCACGGGCUGUAACGUCGGUGCAGCAGUCCCCUGAGCCGUCUCAGGAGGAUCUUCAAGGUCACUACAUCGGCCCGGCCUCUGGCGUGUCAUUCCUUCUCAGGGUUCAGAAGCGGAUGCACCAAGCAAUAUCGUUCUCUGGGCCAGGAAGCAUCUUCACUUUUGGCGAUGCCCCUCUUCAAAACCCUGACUAUGAUCCAAACUUUUGUAUGAUGCUUCCCAAAGAGGAUGCUCAGCGCUUGGUGGAUCGUUACUUCGACUUUGCCAUGCCAACAUACCGUUUUCUUCACCGACCCACCAUUCAAGAAUGGUUCUCAGAGUUUUAUGAGACGUUAGGGACUAUGCGUGACCCAAAUAAUUCCGCCGCAAAAGUGGCUUUGCUCUUCAUGAUCUUGGCCCAUGCUAGAGUAUACAUGCCUGAGAACGACAGACCAGGACCAUCAGACCUCAGGCUUGCUCGUAUCAUAGGCCAAAUCCUGCGUGGUCUUUAUUCAGUUAAGCCAAUCUCGAUUUCCAAACGCUUAGAGGAAACACAACUCGUCUCAAAAGCCCUCGCAGACUGGCGAGCUGAGUUCUCCCAGUUUCUCGAUGCCGAUUACUUCAGUACAUCGUUUCUCGUUCCAAUCGUUCAACGGCAACGGAAUGUCCUGAAUCUAACUUACUGGCAUGCUAUAAUACUCACGCAUCGACAAGCUGUCCUCAACAACUUUGCAAGGAUAUCGCGUCAGAAUAGAAGGGGCAGUGAGAACGAUGCUGCAACUCAAGAGAGUGUGCAAAGAUGCCUCGAAGCUGCCAUCCAAACAGUCGGUCUGAUCGAUGAGAUGACCGACAACGGACAAAUGUUCCGAGCAUUCUGGAAAUGGGCGUCACCUCCUGAGACUUAUAGCAAAUACUUUACAGCUGCAGCUCGAUGCCAAUCACACAUGUCAACCAUGGUUGAGAAGGGCUCCUUGUCAGAAAGAUACUGUUUCUUGCUGGAGGAAUUACGGGUUGAGGCCUUACGCCAAGUGAAUCGGAUGCAUCCAAACGUAUUCCUGGAUGGACAUGCACAAGACAACGCUCUCCAGUCCAAUGUCAUACCGAUGGAUACGCCGAGCGACAAGACUUCUUAUACGGACUUAAUGGGCGAGAACGGCGGAUUGGACUUUAAUGGCAUGUCUGGAGUCGAUUUCUCGGGCUGGGGUCAAUUUGCAAAUAUGGUCUCGUCAGGCCUGGGGAACUUGGAUGCCUUCCUCGAUGAUGAAGUCUUUCGGCUUUAG